AUGUCGUCACAAAGCGCAAACGCGCGUGCUUUGCGAAGAAAUAUGCGGGAGAAAACCCGCGAGAAUUUACGAAAGCUCCGAAAUGGAAACCGAACCAAGAUCAACAAGUCGAUGGGAACGGCCUACUGCGCUUUGAGAGAAGUCCGAAGCACGGCACGCCAGGCCUUGGAAAACGUCAAAUCUGCAGUUGAAAACAUCUCCAACAGGUGCCUGCAAGGAGGCCGAAGCCGUACAAAGUACCGACUUCCUCCAGCGUCUUACUCUCCUCUACACUGCCAGACACCCGUGAGGUUGUACUCCCCUUUUGGCAUCGAAACACCCAGCCCUGUCACACCUCGUCGCAGGACGCCUGGCCGCCGAACACCCAAAACGCGUGCACUGGGAACACCUGCCAGGAAACUGAGGGACGAGCUGAAGGAGAUCGAGACAGGCAUUGGGGAGCUGCACACAGUGGCUGACAAGAUCUCCAAGCGACAAGCCAAGAAGACUUGAAGGAGGACAGAGCCGUGCAGCCAUCGCAAUGUUCAAGAAUAUGCCAAAGCAUCCACCGCUCAUAUAUUAAGCGUUUCUUGAGGCAGCAGCAUUCAGUCAUUACCUAUGCAAUUUUGUGUAAGCUACUGUUUUAAGCAUGUAGGCUGACAUAUGCUAGCUAUAGUCGCAACGACUUUAUAGACCUUUGCCCUAAAGUAAUUUCUUCACAACAUUCCCUGUUGCAGUCUCCCAGCUUGAGUAAAUGUAGAGAUUUAUUUUGUCAGCAUUGGCAGCAACAUGGUAAUCAUCAAAAUUAGUUUUUUUUUUAAGUACAAGAACACUUACAACACAAACAUGUCUCUAACAUGUUUGUGUUGGUAUCACAAUAUGCAGAGUUCUUACAUCACCUUGAAUUACCCUUGAAUUUGAAAAAAAAAAGAGGUUCAAGGACCCUUAAAACUCCUUGAAAACUGCAGUCGCUGGCGACUUUUGAACACUAAAGGUAACAAACUCUGUGUCAGGGCUAUGCAUGGAUACAGUCUAUUGGUACACAAUCCUAAAUACUCACUUUCCAGAGUGUCGCAAAGCGAUGCAAUGGGGUAAGUCCAGACAGACAGGUCAAGUGACCAAGCUGUACCACUAUUUUUGUUAGCUCACACAGCAUCCAUCACUGCUCCAUUUUUGAGCCCUAGGCUAUAGAAAUGUCUGGCGAAAAUCAAGUUUCAGCCAUUUGGCUUUAAUGUGAGGAGUGUCUUUGGCUGAAGCAGGACACUACUAACAAUCAUGCUAGAAGCUGAUCUACAUCAUUACAAAAAAAAAUUAAAUUAUUGGGUUUUACGUGCCAAAACCACUUUCUGAUUAUGAGGCACGCCGUAGUGGAGGACUCCGGAAAUUUCGACCACCUGGGGUUCUUUAACGUGCACCUAAAUCUAAGUACACGGGUGUUUUCGCAUUUCGCCCCCAUCGAAAUGCGGCCGCCGUGGCCACAUCAUUACAAUGGAAAUGUCAACGUUCAAAAUUCACUUGAAGCCUGCAUCCUACUCAGCUACUGCUUAGGUGCAAGAAAUUGCCGCUAGGAGUUCACUAUUUUCCAGUUUAUGUGCACAAAUAAGGUUUGUUUCCCACUACUUAAAAUUUGGCCUUUUUCAUCCUUAAUUGUCCUUGUAUUUUGAGUUCAAUGUUCUGUAUGAGCCCUGAAUAUGGCACUAUCAAUGCUGCCAUCUUCAGUAUUCCAUGCAGGGGCAAUCCAUAUAGUACUGACCAGCUAAAGCUCCCCAGUGCUUAAAUACUCUUAUACUGCAGCUGUGCUGGCCAUUACGCUGCUCUCAAUAAUGAUAAUAAUAAUAAUAAAAAAUGCCAGUUUUACUCUGUACACUACAAGUCAAGCAUGUUGCUAUGAUCUAGCAGCGUUGUCUGUGUGUGACACAAAGGGGACUGUUUUACCUGUGACCAGUGUAUUUUAGCAGCUAUUUAUAAGGACUCAUAUUUUUCCUUUGAAUUAACAGUGCUGACAUUAGUCGCACUAGUUAAAAUGGUUUUUAUAUUCAUGCCAAUGAAAGUGCACCCUACCAAGAUGGGUGAUUUGCUAAGCAUAUUGCAGCAGGGUUUGCAAAAACUAGCAAAGGUUGUGGGAAUGCGCGACCCUCGCGCCUCCCCUGAUGUUUUUCCCGCAUAGCGCGUCUCCUGUGGUCCCGCUUCGCAACGUGGCCUGCGUGACGUCAGCGCGGUGAUGUGGUUAAAGCGCACUCCGAGAGAUGGCGCUAGUGUUGCGCGGCUGCGGGGUUACCCUCGGCGGGGGAGACGAGGCGCGCUCCCUUGGGUUCCAGACAGCGAGCGGGACAGAGGUGCUUGCACGUGCAGCAACCCUCUUUCCCGGCACGUCGGCGCGCGGCGGGGACGUCUCCCGCUAGCGCGCGGCGGCCGAUGCAUCUGCGAGACCGCCUCGCGUGGCCGCCUUCGAACGCGCCACGAUCCGCGUGACUAUACACGCGAACGACCAGGCGUUGGGAUCCAGCAUGGGGCGAACAUAUUCGCUCGCUUCCGGUCGCGGUAAGUCGGACUUCUAGAUUUGUCGCGCGCCCAUCGGCAUGUUUUGUGGAUAGCAACUCGGCUAGCAGGCAUUGAUGUAUGAAAGGUGCAAUAAAUGCCCUUGUGACUGUUUGCACUACUGUGUUGUCGUUCCUUUGUCCCAAGAGUACGGUGUGAGAAUGCCCACACCAGACCCCACAAGGUGUAUGAUUCAGUCAAUUGAUGCAGUGACAAGCUCAGCUACUUUGGAAACUGCAUGUUGUUUAGCUAUUAUGCCUGUAGGCUGGCUUUAGUGUAUUAUAGUAUACUUCAGAUUCCAGCUAUUAUUUAUAAGGCAGCUGCUGUCACAUUGUUGCAUGUUGUGUAUGUCAUCUAUACUCAACAAAUAAAACGUUAAACAUUCA